AAAAGCCUAUAUAAUGGGCUCUUAAGGCCUUUAUUUAUAUGGGCUGAUUAAUUAUUGGGCCCAAUUUGGAGUUUUCUAAAUUCAACUCUGCUAAAUUUUUGGGAGGCAGAAGAUUUUGUUCCGAGGAAGACACGGAUACGCAGAAAGCGGUAAAAUCCUCCUUCUUCGUCGUCCUUGUAAAAACCCUUUCUCAUUUUUGGAAGGUUCUUUCAAAAUCCUUUCUUCGAUUGCUUUCGGAUUCUCGCUCGCUUCUUCGAUUUUUGGUUUUGAUUCAUGGUGAAUGUGUUUCCUCCGCUAAGGUUAAACGCUCUUCUUCUUCAUGACAGUACUUUCAGUGACGUCAUGACGCUGCAUCUGUAUCAUCACUCCCGUUUUCUAUGGAGGAAUCUCUGUUUUCCUCGGAGUGUUGGAAACUUGUGUAAUCGGAACUGUUCUCUCAUCUCUCCUUCCCUUGCACGCUCUGCGAAGUACUAUUGCAGUUCCGUAGCUGUUUCUGAAUUCUCAAAUGAAGCAGCUAGUGGCAGCACAUUGACUUCUAUAAGUGAAGAUGUUACGCCACAGUCGAUAAAAUAUCCUUUCAAGUCAGAAGAAAGAGUAGCUAGUACUGCUGCUUCUUCAAAUGGCAGAGUGAUGCUUAUUGAUGGGACAUCGAUUAUAUACAGGGCUUAUUAUAAGCUUUUAGCAAGGUUGAAUCAUGGUCAUCUGGCUCAUGCUGAUGGAAAUGCGGACUGGGUUUUAACAAUAUUUUCAUCUCUUUCUCUUCUGAUUGAUGUUUUGAAAUUUCUCCCAUCCCAUGUGGCGGUGGUGUUCGACCAUGAUGGAGUUCCUUAUGGCACUACUUCUAAUUCAUCUACAGGUUAUCGUUCUGCAAAAGGCAUGAACUUCCGUCAUACUCUCUACCCAGCAUAUAAAAGUAAUCGUCCUCCCACACCUGAUACCAUAGUACAAGGACUUCAAUAUCUCAAAGCGUCCAUCAAGGCAAUGUCUAUAAAAGUUAUAGAGGUGCCAGGUGUAGAAGCUGAUGAUGUUAUUGGAACACUGGCUAUGCGAAGCAUUAGUGCCGGUUUCAAAGUCCGAGUUGUCUCUCCAGACAAAGACUUCUUUCAGAUUCUUUCUCCCUCGUUGCGUCUUCUUCGACUAACACCACGCGGAUCAGAGAUGGCUUCUUUUGGAAUGGAAGAUUUUGCUAAAAAGUUUGGAAAUUUGGAACCAGCACAAUUUGUUGAUAUCAUCGCCCUUGCUGGAGACAAGUCUGAUAAUAUUCCAGGAGUUGAUGGUAUUGGGAAUGUGCACGCAGUGGAACUGAUAUCUAGAUUUGGCACGUUGGAGAAUCUGUUGCAGUCUGUGGAUGAGAUCAAAGAAGGAAAAAUAAAGGAGUCUCUAAUAGCUAGUGCGGAUCAAGCCAUUCUUAGCAAGAAAUUGGCACUGUUACGGUCUGAUCUCCCAGAUUACAUAGUACCGUUCGACACGAAAGAUCUUACUUUUAAGAAACCAGAGGACAAUGGUGAGAAAUUGAGUAGCCUGUUAAUCGCGAUUGCGGAUUACGCAGAAGGAUUUUCAGCUGAUCCAGUCAUCAGAAGAGCUUUCAGGUUGUGGGAAAAACUGGAAGCAGUGCCAUGAUGAUAUUUUAUGCAUCUUUUUUCUUACUCGUUUCUUUGUAUUGGGUACAUAAAAUAGAGUAAGUUCAAGCCAAGCUUAGAAAGUUCUCCCACAAAACAUUAAAGCGAUACUUUCACAAUCCUUUUGUAAAGCAUGCUUUAUUGUAACUAUGGAGAAUGAUGAAGUUGAUGCUAAUUUAGAAUGCUCCUCCAUGGGAGGUUCCAUUACAUAAAACACAAGGGAGAUGAUAACUUCAAGCUAGCCUCUUCUGAAC